AUGAGGGAGAUCGUGCACCUGCAGGCCGGCCAGUGCGACACAGGUCAGAGUGGCGCCGGCAACAACUGGGCCAAGGGGCACUACACGGAGGGCGCCGAGCUGGUGGACUCCGUCCUGGACGUGGUGCGGAAGGAGUGCGAGAACUGCGACUGCCUGCAGGGCUUCCAGCUGACCCACUCGCUGGGCGGGGCCCUCACCGCCCGGGGUAGCCAGCAGUACCGGGCCCUCACGGUGCCCGAGCUCACCCAGCAGAUGUUCGACGCCAAAAACAUGAUGGCCGCCUGCGACCCGCGCCACGGCCGCUACCUGACCGUGGCUGCCGUGUUCCGGGGCCGCAUGUCCAUGAAGGAGGUGGACGAGCAGAUGCUUAACGUGCAGAACAAGAACAGCAGCUACUUCGUGGAGUGGAUCCCCAACAACGUGAAGACGGCCGUGUGCGACAUCCCGCCCCGGGGGCUGAAGAUGUCAGCCACCUUCAUCGGCAACAGCACAGCCAUCCAGGAGCUGUUCAAGCGCAUCUCCGAGCAGUUCACGGCCAUGUUCCGGCGCAAGGCCUUCCUGCACUGGUACACGGGCGAGGGCAUGGACGAGAUGGAGUUCACCGAGGCCGAGAGCAACAUGAACGACCUGGUGUCCGAGUACCAGCAGUACCAGGACGCCACGGCCGAGGAGGAGGGCGAGUUUGAAGAGGAGGCCGAGGAGGAGGUGGCCUAGAGCACCUGCUACCGGAAGCGUGAGAACUCUUUAUUCACUCUCAGUCUGUCCUCAUGAUCCUGUCUCACUGUGUGCACUGCUCUUCCUGUCUUGACAUCUGAGUUGUACAGACACCAUUAAAGCAUUUUCAUAGUG